UUAGUUUGAGCCAAUCCUAAACCUGCUUUCAGUUUCCGUCCAACUUAAUCUGUCGAUUCAUGCUGGACAAGCUUUUUGAAAAUAUUUCUUUUUUUAAUGAAAACGUAGCCAGACGUCUUUGUAUUUAUCGUUUUAUUUUUCCCUGAAAAUGUUGAAGUGUCAUGAUUCCUAGCAGCUUCAGCCCGGACAGUGAUCUUAAAUGACCACAUUUAAAAAGCAACGGAUUUAAUUGAACAUCCGUAUUGCAGUUGCCGUUCCUUAAAAACAAUUUUUGUAUAAUCGGCGGCUUCAGCUCGGGUCCUAGAAGAAACUUGCAUUACAGAGGAGUACGGAGAAGCAUAUUUUAAAGACGUGACCGUAUCCAGGCUGAGCAGCUGGUCACCCGUGGACAUGGCUUCGUACUUCGACGAGCACGACUGUGAGCCCACGAACCCGGAGGAGCAGUACCGGCAGAACGCGUUGCUCGAACUGGCCAGGUCUCUGAUACAGGGCAUGGAUAUUGAUCUGAGCCCUGAUGUCUUCUCAGAGUGGAACCAGCAGCUCCCCCCUCCUGCUGCCAGGCAGGUGGUGCAGAGCCUGCCCACGGUCAUCAUCUCCCCCGAGCAGGCAGACAGGGGGCUGAAGUGCCCAGUGUGCCUGCUGGAGUUUGAGGAGGAGGAGACAGUAAGGAAGAUGCCCUGUCAGCAUCUGUUCCACUCCGGCUGCAUUAUGCCUUGGCUGGGGAAGACAAACUCUUGCCCCGUGUGCCGCCACGAGCUGCCCACAGACAACCAGGAGUACGAGGAGUUCAGAAAAGAAAAGGAGCGGAUGAAACAGCGCAAGCACAGGCUGGACAAUCUACAUGGGGCCAUGUACACAUGAGGGAGCUCCAGAGUCCGUUCACACACAGCUGAACAUCUGCUGCACCUUACUACAAAUCAUUGCUUUUUUAUUUUACCAAUGUCUUGCUUUAUUACCAUUCAAUACUGAUUUUGGCGGAGGAUGAGAAGACGACAUUUUAGUGUCAAGAGACUAAACUUGAAGGAAUGUUCAUGUUGUAUUCUCAAUUAGCUUUUAUGUCAAAUUAAAUUCUUGGUAGUUUUCUGCAGCAAGGAAUAUGGAUUUGGCCCAUUUCGUACUGUGGAAUGGGUCUGUAGUGGCGUUUUUAAUGGCAAAAGAUUAAAGACACAAAUCCUUUUUA